GUCAACUUUUCGUAGAUUUGGUGCUUCAAUCGGUAGAUCGGACCAAAAAUCGGUAGAUCUACCAAAAAUUUGGUAGACGUGGCAACAUUGAUCUGACCGUUACUACACUAGUGUCAUCUCGUGGUUAAAACUGGAACUACGGCUAUGGAAUCGUUCUGUAAUUACCCGCCAGUAUAGACCUUGGAUCCGACGGGUUCCUCGCGCCGCCUAUCGAUCGCACCAUUUUCUAAUAUAAAAAAGGCGGCGGACAAUUUCCGCGUUUCGUUUGUACGGAAAGUCGGAAGUUUUUGCAAAUUUAAUUUAAUUGCGUUCGGCGGUGGUCUGCACCGCGUAAUCACCGUCGUUUAAAACCGUCGAUUUUCGUAAUUCUACUUUUUCCGUCGGGCGUCGCCAGUGGCGUCACGCCAUGUACCCGUCGUUUAACUGAGGGCUUCGGUCGAUUUUUUGAAUUUUAUAUUUUUUAGCAGUUCCUUCGUCGUCACAGGUUUAUUUGGUUAUCGCCGACCCACCUACGUUUACGUCGUCCUCUGGUCUUCAGUUUGUCUUAAACGGAUGGUUUAGGUCUACGGAUACGGGCAAUCGACCGAGGCUGCGGUAAUCGCCGGCGGUCGAAUAUUUUUUCCGGAUAAGUUCCGGGCCGUAUUUUUGUGGCGCGGUCGGACGGAGACGCCACCCGGGCUAAUAAGAUGGCAUCCCCCCAAACGGAGUUAAAAAGCUACGACUUCCCCCUGGAGCCCAUUCCUCGUCUCAGCUGUUUGGAUCCCAACGCCGACGCGCUCAUCGAAAAUAUGAAACCUGUGGUGUUAACGGAUACAAAUCUUGUUAGUUCUGCAUUAAAAUGGAAUUUGGAUUAUCUACAAAAAAAUUUAGGGGAUGGUUCUUUCACUGUGUAUAUAUCAAAAAAUCAUAAGUUUAAAUACUACGAUGAUACAAAAAUUCAGGAGCACUGUUUGGAUUUCACUGCACCGACGGAACGUUUCGAUAUGAAAUUUGUAGACUUUGUCAAAAGACUGCGUAAACUACAAGCAAAUGAUAGAAGGUAAAGGUAAUUUAAGCAUUUUUAAAGUUUUAUAAUAAAUCAGAAUUUUUUUUUUAAUUAAUUGUUUAAAUGUAUUAUUACUAAUGAUGCAAAGAAUAGUAUAUUUGGCCUCAGGCAAAAUACCAAAUAUUCAGCCAAACUAUUCGGCUUGAUUAACACAUGUAUGAAAAUUGGCACGCAAACUGCAUUAUGGCAAGGAUUGGGCACCUUGCUGUGUAUUGGCCCACUGUCACUAUGCUUUGCCAAUUGUGUUAAUUCUUAACAGUUGUAGCGGACAGACAUAAGCAUCAUGGCAGUAUGUGAUAAGUGAUGAUAUCAAAUGUGGAUAACAAUGAAAUGAUAUACACAUGUAAAUAAUGGAAAAAGAACAGAGAA